AUGAGUAUGAUACGUAUACUACUAUUUUGUGUUUUGUUUCAAACUGUUGUUAAUGCUAAAUCCGCUUGUGAACAAGUGUCCUUUGUCGAUCGAGCUGGAUGGGGUGCACGAGAUCCAACAUCAAUAACUAAUUUGACAACGAAACCUUUUUCUUUUUAUGUUAUUCAUCAUACUUAUCAACCUCCAAAUUGUUAUGAUGAUAUAUCAUGCAUUGAACGUGUAAAAUCGAUUCAAUAUAUGCAUCAAAAUACUAAUGGAUGGGCUGAUGUUGGUUAUCAUUUUCUAGUUGGCGAAAAUGGAAAAGUUUAUGAAGGACGAGGAUGGGAUCGUCAAGGUGCACAUGCACCAGGAUGGAAUAAUGAUGCAUAUGGUAUUUGUAUUAUUGGUGAUUUCCAAGUAGCAUCUCCAAAUCAAAAAGCAUUAGAUGCAGUAAAAUUAUGGAUUGAUUGUGGUGUUGAAAAAGGUCAUGUAAAAAAAGAUUAUUAUAUUAUUACACAUCGGCAAUCACAACGGCCAGGUUAUACCGUCUGCCCAGGUAAUGGUACAGUUGAUGCAAUAAAAACUUGGCCUCGAUAUUGUUCCUAUCAAAAUUCUGGAAUGAAUUUAACUCAGAAUGAAACACAAUUAUCUAUUGGUUCGGAUUUUUGUCGAAAACAAUUGGGAUCAUCGGCAUUAGCUAACAUGAAUUACUUUUUUUCAUAUUCAAUCUCGAUAUUUUUUCUAUUUUUCCUUCAUGUUCAAUGUUUUAUUCAAUAA